AUGGCUGAGGAGAAUCCGGAGCUGCAACGGCGGCUGCAAGAGCUGGACGGCGAGUUGGAGGAUGGCGACAUCACGCGGAAAGGGUACGAGAAGCGGCGCACAGCCAUUCUCUCCGAGUACUUCUCAUCGCAACAACUGGGCGACUUGCGCGGCGAGAGUAGUGACUUGGGAGCCUUCAGCUUCCACUCGCCAUCGCAGAGUAUCGGCAGUGCGGGUGAUGGCGGUGGUGCUGGUCACGCGAAGACGGACAGCUACGGCAGUAUCACCGCGGGACCAUGGGCCGGCGAGUACAACGCCAUGAGCUACGAGCCUGCCAACGGGGGCGGCGCGCAUACACCCGGGCCACCGAGUCACGCGCAGCGGUUUCAAGCGCAGCAGCUGGGGAUGCGGGGACAGGCGCCGCCGAGACAGAACUCCUAUGGCAGUCUCGAUAGGCCGGUCAGUCGAGGGAGCAUGUACAGUUCGCCGGAGAACACGGUCGUGGGAGGGAACAGCGGACCUGGCAGCUACGCGUUCAAUCCGAAUGGUGGGCAGCAGGCGACGUGGUCGCCGGAGGGGAGCAGGCAGAGCACCAUGUUGGACUCGGCACAGCAGGGCUACUUCUCGGAUUUCACGCAGCAACAGAACCCGGACGAUGAUAUGCGGCCGCGCGAGAGCUAUGGAGGGCCGCAGAGAUACAGCCAGAGUGAAGCUCUAUCUCCCUCGGCGGUGAUACCACCACCGCUCAUUGGAGGUGGGCAGUUCUUGCAGGUGCCGCAGCACAUGAUGCCUCUGGAGCCGCGAGAUGUGCCCUUCGCCGUGUACGAUCCACACAACAGCAAGAUACCGAUGUCGAAGUUCGACAAUCUCGGAGCCGUGUUACGGCACAGAGGGAAGAUGCAGGCUAGACAACCGGCAUACUGGGUGGUGGAUUCGAAGGGCAAGGAGCUCAGUUCGAUCACUUGGGAGAAGCUGGCUUCAAGAGCUGAGAAGGUUGCGCAGGUGAUUCGGGACAAGAGCAAUCUAUAUCGAGGAGACCGCGUGGCGCUGGUGUACAAGGAGAUCGAGGUGAUUGACUUCGCCAUUGCGCUGAUGGGAUGCUUCAUCGCAGGAGUGGUCGCUGUGCCGAUCAACAAUAUCGACGACAUCCAGAAGCUGUCCCUUCUCUUGACAACCACACAAACACAUCUGGCCUUGACGACAGACAACAACCUGAAAGCUUUUUCGCGGGACAUUGCAGCAAAGGGGCUUAAGUAUCCUACAGGAGUCGAGUGGUGGAAGACGAACGAGUUCAGCACGUACAACUACAAGAAGAAGGAUGAAGGCCAGGCACUACAGGUGCCAGACCUUGCCUACAUUGAGUUCUCGAGAGCGCCGACCGGCGAUUUGAGAGGAGUUGUGCUUUCACAUCGUACGAUGAUGCAUCAGAUGGCCUGUCUUAGCGCGAUGGUCUCGGCGAUACCAUCAUCUGAGAACGUGGACACCUUCUCUAACAACUUACGAGGCGCCGAUGGCUCGUAUGUUGUGCCUAGGCCUGGCAAGAGCGAGACGAUAUUGUCGUAUCUCGAUCCGAGAGAAGGCUGCGGUUUGAUCAUGGGUGUGCUGCUUGGCGUCUACGGCGGUCAUACCACCGUCUGGUUUGAGAGCAAGACAGUCGACACGCCUGGCAUGUACGCGCAUCUGAUCACCAAAUACCGAGCCACGAUCAUGGCAGCAGACUACCCCGGCUUGAAGCGAGCAGCGUACAAUUACCAGCAAGAUCCCAUGGCCACCCGGAAUUUCAAGAAGAACAUGGAUCCCAACUUCAGCAGUGUCAAGAUCUGCCUGAUCGACAGUCUGACCGUGGAUGCCGAGUUCCACGAGGUCCUGGCAGAUCGGUGGCUGAAGCCAAUGCGCAACCAGCGAGCUCGAGAUCUUGUGGCACCGAUGCUGUGUUUGCCGGAGCAUGGCGGUAUGAUUAUCAGCGUUCGCGACUGGCUGGGAGGGGAAGAGCGGAUGGGCUGUCCGCUCUCCAUUGAGGAUGAGAACGAUGACGACAGUGAUGAUGGAGCACCUCCUGCUGCUGCGCCUGGCACGAAUGGGUUUACGAGUUUGCUGGAUGGGACGAACAGCGAGAGGAAGCAUUCGAAGCGGAAACGCAAUCGGACAGAAUUGAGUGAAGUGUUGCUGGAUAAGGAGAGCUUAAAGACGAACGAGGUGGUGGUGCUGGCUAUGGGCGACGAAGCAAGAAAGCGAGCCAGCGAGCCCAACACCAUCCGCGUUGGAGCUUUUGGCUAUCCGAUACCAGAUGCGACGCUGGCGCUGGUCGACCCGGAGACGAAUCUACUCUGCCCUCCCUUUACUAUCGGCGAGAUAUGGGUCGAUUCGCCUAGCCUGUCCGGCGGCUUCUGGGCACUACCAAAGCACACCGAAAACAUCUUCCACGCGAGGCCGUUCCGCUUCGUUGAGGGCUCCCCAACACCUGUGCUGGUCGAAUGCGAGUUCCUUCGAACUGGACUGCUUGGCUGCGUCAUCGAAGGCAAGCUGUUUGUCCUAGGCCUCUACGAAGAUCGGAUACGACAGCGGGUGGAGUGGGUAGAGCACGGCCAGCAACAGCACGAGAUCGAGCAUAGGUACUUCUUCGUGCAGCACCUGGUCGUGAGCGUCAUGAAGGCCGUGCCGAAGAUCUACGACUGCAGUGCGUUCGAUGCUCAGGUGAAUGGCGAGUACCUACCCAUCAUUCUUAUCGAAAGUCAAGCGGCGAGCACAGCACCGACGACGACCGGCGGACCCCCGAAUCAGCUUAACAUACCGUUUCUGGACUCGCUUAGUGAGCGGGUCAUGGAAGUACUGUAUCAGGAGCACCAUCUGAGGGUCUACUGCGUGAUGAUGACUGCACCCAACACUCUACCGCGGAUAGUGAAGAACGGUCGAAGGGAGAUCGGGAAUAUGCUGUGCCGGAAGGAGUUUGACAAUGGCAACCUGCCGUGCGUGCAUGUCAAGUUUGGAGUUGAAAGAGCAGUCCAAAACCUGCCCCUUGGUGAUGACCCUGUUGGUGGCAUCUGGUCGCCACUUGCGAGUCAAGUCCGGCAAGACAUCCUGCCCUUACACUCAGACAAGCAGUACUCCGGCGUCGAUCAUCGGGAGGUGGUGAUCGAUGACCGGACAAGCACUCCCCUUAACCAGUUCAGCAACAUCCACGAUCUCAUGCAAUGGCGAGUAUCGCGACAAGCGGAAGAGCUCAGCUACUGCACCAUCGACGGCCGAGGCAGGGAAGGCAAAGGCGUCAACUGGAAGAAGUUCGACACUAAGGUUGCCGGCGUGGCCAUGUACCUCAAGAACAAGGUCAAGAUCCAGCCUGGCGAUCACUUGCUCUUGAUGUACACACAUUCCGAAGACUUCGUGUAUGCCGUGCAUGCGUGUAUAUGUUUGGGCGCGACUGCGAUACCGAUGGCUCCGAUCGACCAGAAUCGUCUUAGUGAGGACGUGCCUGCGCUGCUGCAUAUGAUUGCUGACUUCCGGAUACGAGCCAUUCUUACCAAUGCGGACGUUGACUCUCUGCUCAAGCAAAAGGCCGUCAGCCAGCACUUGAAGCAAUCAGCGCUGAUUUUGAAGAUACACCUUCCGCCUCAGUAUAAUACUACUAAGCCGCCGAAGCAGUCUCAUGGGUGCAGAGAGCUGGGACUCACCAUUCGGCCAGCCUGGGUGCAGGCGGGAUACCCGGUCAUCAUCUGGACUUACUGGACGCCGGAUCAACGAAGAGUGGCUGUGCAGCUCGGCCACAAUACGCUCAUGGCACUCUGCAAGAUCCAGAAGGAGACUUGCCAGAUGACUUCAACGAGACCUCUGCUUGGCUGUGUGAGGAGCACAAUGGGUCUCGGAUUUAUGCACACGUGCAUGAUGGGCAUCUUCCUGGCCUGCCCGACCUACCUUGUUUCGCCUGUAGACUUCGCAGGUAACCCUAACAUCUUGUUCCAGACACUGUCACGGUACAAGAUCAAGGAUACGUACGCGACCGCACAGAUGCUGGACCACGCCAUUGGGCAUGGAGCUGGGAAGACUACGAGUCUGCACGAGCUUAAGAACCUGAUGAUCUCCGUCGACCAGCGCCCAAGAGUAGACGUCUACUCACGAGUCAAGACCGCCUUCGCACAGUCUGGCUUGGAGAGAACAGCCAUCAACACCAUCUUCAGCCACGUCCUCAACCCAAUGGUGGCAAGUCGCAGCUACAUGUGCAUCGAGCCCAUUGAGCUUUACUUGGACGUGCAAGCGCUCCGGCGAGGCUUGAUCAACCCAGUCGAUCCGGACCAGGAACCUUUCUCGAUGCUCGUACAGGAUUCUGGCAUGGUACCGGUUAGCACACAGAUCUCCAUCGUCAACCCCGAAACUUUACGCCUGUGUCUCGUCGGCGAAUACGGCGAGAUCUGGGUGCAAUCCGAAGCAAACGCGCACAGCUUUUACGGCAAACAAGACCCCCUCGACGCCGAGCGCUUCAACGGCCACACCGUCGAUGGCGACCCGCAGGUGCGGUAUGUGCGGACGGGUAACCUGGGUUUUUUGCAUACUGUCAACCGGCCUAUCGGUCCGGGCGGCAAUAUGGUGGAGAUGCAGGUGCUGUUCAUCCUGGGCGAGAUUGGUGAGACGAUUGAGGUUAAUGGGCUGAGUCACUUCCCGAUGGAUAUUGAGAAUAGCGUGGAGAGGUGUCAUCGGGCGCUCGUUAGGGGCGGGUGUGCCAUCUUCCACGCUGGCGGACUGCUUGUGCUGGUCGCUGAGGUGCGUACACGUGCGUUCUUGGCUUCGAUUGUGCCGGUCAUCGUCAACAACGUCCUCAAUGAACACCAACUGGUGCUCGAUAUCGUCUCUUUCGUUGCUCUAGGAGACUUCCCACGGUCAAGACUGGGAGAGAAGCAGAGGGGCAAAGUGCUCGCCAACUGGGUAAGCGGAAGCAAGAAGAUGCAGACGAUAGCCCAAUUCAGCAUCCGCGAUCCGGACGCAGAGGGCAGCGUGGCCACCGUCGGACCAGCGGACAUGAUGGGCAGAAGAGGCAGCGGCCAAAGCGGUCGAGCAGGCGCUGGCAGUAUCAUGCAGGGAGCCCCCGGCAGCUCAUUACGGCACGUCGAGAGCUUGACCAACAUGCCAUUGGCAGAGGAGGGAGAAGAUGGCCAGCUCGCUGUCCACUCGAACGACGACCGACGACCCUCAGAGCGCAGCCAAUCGCGCAACGACGCCACGCCUACCAACGAGAACCCUCACCCCUUCGACCUCAACACCACGGUCGAGUACUCGCCAGUGGAGUCGCUGAAGUUCGACUCGCCGGAGCAGCUGUCACGCGGACAGCCUCAGGAUGACUAUCAAUAUCGCAUGCAAGCGAGCUAUAACGCCCCGCUCGACCCAUACGAUCCUUACAACGACCCCGACGGCCCGCGCGAGAUGGAGGGGUCGGGUAGCGGUUUGCGAGUGGCGAACAUCAGUAGCAGUGAUGGGAUUUCGGAUUGGGAGCAGGAGAUGCUGCGGGAGAUGAACAUUGGUCGAUGA